CCCACCCUGUUGGAUCUGACAGCAGCAUCCUUUAUAAAGCCGCCCCGGCUGUGUGUGUAAAAAGCUGUGCCAGUGGAGCUACAGAAAGGUGGCAAGGACCAUUCUGUUUGAUUAUUUGCCUUUGUGCCUUGCUUUGGACUAUGAGCUUGGACAUGUUGGCCAAAAAGGAGCGAAGAGGCAGGGAUGUGAAAGGCAUGCUGAAGAGGAACUGGGUUCUCAUAGCAACCAUCAUUUCUGUGCUACUGGGAACUGGUCUGGGUGUGUUAGUAAGGGAAUAUGCUGCACUCUCACACCUUGAUAAGCAAUACUUUGGUUUCCCAGGCGAACUCCUAAUGAGAAUGCUAAAGCUUGUUAUAUUACCCCUCAUCAUCUCCAGCAUGAUAACAGGAGUAGCAGCUCUAGAUUCAGAAGUGUCAGGCCGCAUCGGACUCCGUGCAGUCAUCUACUAUUUAUCCACAACAAUCAUAGCAGUCAUUCUUGGUAUAAUCUUAGUAACAACUAUUAAACCUGGAGUCUCUCAGACAGCAGACAAUAUUGAUCGAGCUGGAUCCACUCCAAAUGUCACCACUGUAGACACUCUCAUGGAUCUUAUCAGGAAUAUGUUUCCAGAGAAUCUAGUGCAGGCAUGUUUUCAGCAGUACAAAACUCAGCGCAAGGAGAUAGAAUUGCCUGUUUCAAAUACUAGCAAUAUAGCUACAACAACAUUUCCACCUUUAACCACCAUCUUGUCAUCAGUUGCACAGAACCUGACCAAAGAUUAUACUAUAGUGGGCACGUACUCAGAUGGCAUCAAUGUUCUCGGACUCAUUGUAUUUUGUGUUGCGUUUGGACUGGUCAUUGGCAAAAUGGGAGAACGUGGACGUAUCCUGUUGGAGUUCUUUGAUGCCCUGAAUGAGGCAACUAUGCGAUUAGUCCAAAUCAUUAUGUGUUAUAUGCCAAUAGGCAUCCUAUUUCUGAUUGCUGCUAAGAUCAUUGAAGUAGAGGACUGGGAAAUCUUCAGAAAAAUGGGCCUAUACAUGGUAACUGUGCUUAGUGGACUUGCCAUCCAUGCCAUUAUUUUCCUACCCCUGAUCUACUUUGCCUUUGUGAGAAAGAAUCCAUUUACAUUUGCUCUGGGGAUGGCACAGGCUUUGGUAACAGCUUUAAUGAUCUCCUCAAGCUCUGCGACCUUACCAGUCACCUUCCGAUGUGCAGAGGAAAAUAAUAGGAUUGACAAACGGAUCACCCGUUUUGUCCUUCCAGUGGGUGCCACCAUUAACAUGGAUGGUACAGCACUUUAUGAGGCAGUGGCGGCCAUAUUUAUUGCCCAGCUAAAUGGUCUUGACCUUGAUGUGGGACAAAUAGUGACCAUUAGUAUUACAGCAACAGUAGCCAGCAUCGGAGCAGCUGGGGUCCCUAAUGCUGGACUGGUAACCAUGGUGAUUGUGCUGACAGCGGUGGGCCUUCCUGCCAGUGAUGUCACCAUAAUCGUGGCUGUUGAUUGGCUUAUUGAUCGCUUCCGCACUAUGGUCAACGUGCUGGGGGAUGCCUUUGGUGCUGGAAUAGUCCAGAAGCUUUCAAAGCGAGAGCUGGAAAGGAUGGACGUUACUUCUGAUGUAGAUGUGGCCAAUCCAUUUGCCCUUGAAACCACUCUGGAUGAUGAAGAGUGUGAGAAGAAAUCUUACGUCAAUGGUGGCUUCACUGUGGACAAGAGUGAUGCGAUUUCUUUUACAGAGACCUCACAAUUUUAGGCCCCAAAACAGUUAUGGAUAAAUUGAAUUACCUCAGGAAGAAAUCAGAGGUAUAGAAAAAAAGAAUUAAUCAGUGCCAUUACAAGGGGGAGGCUCAUUCCGAAGGACACGUUUAAAUGCAGACAUUACCAAUAGCUGUCAUCACUGUUCUCACCCCACAUUUGCCCUAUUACUGUGCUGAACCUACUACUUUCUUUGUGCCAAGUCAUUCAGGAGGAAUUGAGGGAAAAAAUGUUGUGAGUGCUUCCAAAAUGUGUUGUCCUGUUGCCAAGAGAUAUGCAAAGGCUCUUUGUAAAACCUUUUUCUUACCUGCGCUGUGGUUUUUCAAUGGUUUAAUACUAACAGUCACUUGUGAAAAUGCUGUAGAUUCUGUUCUGCUUUAGAAGUAUGUCCAAUACAUGUGAUUUUUACUGUGCCAACAAAGCAGAUUUGUGUAUUCUGUAUGUAACUGCAACAAAGAGCAUGUCAUUAACAAAACUAGUAUAUUUAUGACCUGUAGUGUUAAAAAGCAAUACGGUUCAGCCUGCUUGGCCAUGUAAUUGGCUUUUAGCAGGUUACUUUGCAGCAUCUCUCCCUAAAAAUCAUAGAUCUUACCCUACUGCCUGAACACGUGCUGUUGAGACAUCAGCUAUGAACAUUGUAGAUCUCUAACUUGUGCCAAAAUGGAAUGUUUUAGUAUGAAGGAAGCUAUUAACAAUUAAUGAAGUAUUGCAUGAAGCAAUAUGAUGAACAACUCAGAUGUGGCCUUCGAAGAAUGAAUGAAUCCCGGAUCAUUUUAUUUCACUCUCGGUAGCUAUUUUAUAGUGCCAUUAUCGCAUGAUAAUGCCAUCGAUCUGGGAGGAUGAAGGCAAAUGGACUCCUCCUCCCAUGCAUACAAAGCAUGCUACAGCCAUGGAGCACGGCUUACUGUCUUAGAAUUUCAAUGAAAGGAGCCAUUUCCAUGUUUUUAUUAAACGUUUUCAUUUACCAAGUGUGUAGAAACAUAAUGUAAAAGCUACCGGGGACACUUUGCACAGGUGCAGAGAAAAUAUAAAGUGUAAUUAAAUAUUCCCAUCAAUUUGACUACAGUUGAUGUGGUUAUACAUUAGUGCCAAUCAGUUUAUUUUGUUUUUACUCGAUAUACACUGUAUAUACACUGGAUGUACUCUGGAUUCGUGGGCUGGGCUGGAAGUGCCUGAGAAAAUGGUUGUUAUGAUGAUAGAUGUAAAAUAUGUGAACCAGCAUUUACAUUGUAUAGGCUGUUCAAAGCACAUUUUUUUGUCAGAGUUUCAGUCAAUUACAGUCAGUUAACCUACUGUUUAACUUAACAUGUUAUGUAACUACAGAUGAAUAAAAUACAGCAAAAUAUGAGUGUA